GCCGUUAAUAAUUCAUUUAUUUUGUCAGCCCACGAUCACAAAGCCUAGCCGCUGCGUAGCGCGGCCCUGAAAGUCUAGUAUCCAUAAAUUCUUGGCCACACCUUCUGCCCUUUGUAAUUCCAGAUUCCCGAAUCUUCAAAACCCCUUUUCCUAGAGAGCGUAGUCAAGAGUCAUCUUCUUCUUCUUCUUCUCCGGUAAUGAUGGUUACUUCAGCGAUACCAAGCCACUUCAAUCUCAUCCCUCCGACGGUCCUGGAACACUCAACUGCCUUUGCUCCUGCAACGCUUAGGCAUCCCAAAACCAGAAAGAAGAAACCAUUACUUUCUAGCACCACCCUAUUCCACGUUCCUCGUGAUAACGCCAUGGUCAAAGAAUGCCCAAGUUGUCCUGUGCGAACAAGGGCAUCCAGUGAUGGUGGCUCCGGCCGUGAUACAACUCAUCAGCAGGAGUCUACUAACACCGAGACAGAGAAAAACAGUAGCUUGGGGGACAGUUACAUUCCGUUAUUCAUUCGGAUGCUCGGGCUUGAUAACGAUCCCCUCGACCGAGAACAAGCCAUAGUUGCAUUGUGGAAGUAUUCGCUUGGCGGAAACAAAUGUGUGGAUAACAUCAUUCAAUUUCAGGGAUGUAUCAAUCUCACCAUUAACCUUCUAAACUCAGAGUCUAGUUCUUCAAGUGAAGCUGCUGCGGGGCUUCUGCGCUCUAUAUCUUCGGUGAAUCAAUAUAGGGCCGUGGUAGCAGAAAGUGGGGCCAUUGAAGAGAUUAAUGGUCUGCUUAGUCAACCAUCCUUGACUUCCGAGGUUAAAGAACAAAGUAUAUGUACUCUGUGGAACUUAUCAGUCGAUGAGGGGCUCAGAACUAAAAUUGCAAGCAGCACUAUCCUGCCGUUACUUAUUAUGUCUUUGAAGAACCAAGACAUCAGAGUGAAAGAAGCAGCUGGUGGAGUUCUAGCUAAUUUGGCAUUGACUUCGUCCAAUCACAAGGUCAUGGUUGAAGCGGGGAUUAUCCCUAAGCUGGCUGAGUUCUUAAAAUCUGAUCCCGCAGAGGAAUAUAAGGUCAUCAGAAAGGAGGCAAGAAAUGCUCUUCUGGAACUUUCCAAGAAUGACUAUUAUAGACUACUUGUUAUUGAAGAAGGCCUCGUCCCUGUCCCACUGAUUGGUGCAGCCGCCUAUAGUUCAUUUGUUCCAUCUUUGCUUUCAUGGCCGAGUUUGCCUGAUGGGACCGAGAUUGAGCGUACAGCCAGAGGUCCUUCAAGGUAUGGUGCUUCUGAGUUACUCCUUGGACUAAGUGUUGAUGAGAAGAGUACUAACAUACAGGAGGCAAAGAUUCAAGCUAUGAUAGGGCGGUCCAAGCAACAAUUUCUUGCUCGGACUGGGGCCAUAGAGAUUGAAGAUAACAAAUUAUCAAUAACUAAUGUGCCUAGCGAGAGGCAGUUCACUCUCUUACCUUGGAUAGAUGGUGUGGCUAGAUUGGUUUUAAUCCUUGAGCUACAGGAUGAGUCCGCCAUAUCUCGGGCUGCAAGGUCAAUUGCAGAUGCAUCAAUAAAUGAGCAUAUGCGUACAUCUUUCAUGGAAGCUGGAGCGGUCAAGCAUUUAGUUCGGCUCUUGUAUCACAACAAUGAUUCUGUCCAAGUGCCUGUGCUAGGUGCUCUGGUGAGGUUGUCCCCUAGCUACGUUGUUUGCCAGAAAAUUGAAGAAGAAGGUGUUAUGACUCCCUUGAUUAACUUCAUUAAGAACUCAAAGACAUCAAGUGAUUCUGUUGAAAAGGCAUUGGAUUUACUAGCUAGAAUUAUGGAUCCAAGUAAAGAAAUGAAAUCAAAGUUUUAUGAUGGACCAGUUAAUGGCUACAAAGGAAGAAUGGAUGAUGUAGGAGGCACUGAAACAUCUGUUGACACCGUGUCAAAUCUAGAUAACAGACUUGAGCUGCUUGACACUUCUGUCAUUGCUCACCUUGUUGAGAUGCUGAGGCAUUCAUCUCCAAGCUUACAGCGGAAGGCAGCUACAGUGCUCGAGUUUAUGGCAAAUACUGAUGCCGGGAGGAAUGCUGUCAUCUCAGCCUCUGUUGAAUCAGGUCUAGAUGCUGCUUUUCAACAGAGUGCAUUGACUGGUACAGCUACUCCAAUCCCUGAAAUUAUCACCAAGCCGUGUAGCUUUGCAUUAAGACUCAAUUUCAAUGGUUUAAAUAAAUUAAUUGGUUUUAGCUUUAGGAGCAAGAGGAUUAUGCACGAACUUGUGUGGCACUAUCAGAUGUAUAAAGAAUUUCUUGGUAUCGGUAACUUGUUUAUUCUAUAUCGUGUAUGUCAUUUAUCCUGGUCAUCUUUGGCGUAUUUGGGCAGAAAUAAAUUCUGAAGAUGAAAUUGAGGAGCUGUACAUCCUUCAAGUGGAAGAAGCUGGUCUUGUCAUAUCUGCAGCAUCUCAGCUACUGGCCAAGCUCCUUGACUCGGACCAAUUUCGCAACAGGAUAGACUUAACCCAGUUCAGUCAAUUGCUCCGCGAAAUCCUGAAGUCAAAUCAUCUCCCUCUCCAUCACAAGGACUGGGUCGCUGCUUGCCUGAUCAAACUGAGUAGUUCACUCGGUAGUAUUCCUAACUACACACAAUUGCGACAAGAUCCCACCAUAAUCAACACUGAAGUAGUAACACUUUAUGAAACAAUCCCAAGACUAGUGGAGAAGCUUCUGGCCUCAUCAUUGUCCUCUCCCAUUGAAGAGAUCACUGCUGCUGUUGUGGAACUCAACAGAAUCAUCUCCGGAGGAGAAGUGGUUGCUGCUUCUCGAGCUGUUGCUUCUACAGGUGGCAUCUUUCCGUUGGUGAAGCUGCUGGAAAGAGGAGGGAAUGAUGAUGGGGUGGUGGUGGAUGCGGCAGUGUCAAUACUCUAUAACUUGAGCAUGGAUAGCGAGAACCACCCGGCAAUUAUAGCUGCCGGAGCAGUGCCAGUUCUGAGGAGAAUCAUUUUGUCGCGGAGACCUCAGUGGAAGAAAGCUCUGCUUCUGCUGAGGGCUUUGCCCACAUGAGAGGAAAAAACUAUUCUGAGGAAAUGGUGAGAAGAAUUCUCGACUCUCUUUUGUAAACUAGUGACAUUUGUCUCUGUAGAUUAGAUAUUUGCACUUCUCAAGAUAAAAGAACCAUAGUUUGCGGGUUAGAUCACUUGAAUAGCAUCUGGUCAGGUUUAUUUUUGCGUUGUGUUUGGUAAAAACUAGGGUAAUCUCUUUUAUUAGUCAAAUCUUUUUUGGAUUCUUUUAUUAGUCAAACCUAUUGAAAUAAUUUUAAUUAGCCAAAUUCAAUACUACUUAGCCAAACGUACUGUAACCGAUGAAAGUAUUGGC